ACCGAUUUCAUUGCAGUCACAUUUUAUGAACUCAGAAAGCAUCACCACUAUUGCAGUAAUUAUUAGACACUGGAUAAACAAUGGAGCUGACUGUGUGUUAAAACUUCUAAAAGGAACUAUGCCUCUUUUUUUGUUGUGCAAAUUACUCUAUAACAGUUACUAUCCGCAGCAAAUCAAACCUAAAAUAAUAAUAGUAUGUCGAUUCAAAUUCCUUUCAGAAAAUGUAAUUGAGGGUGGUUGGGCAAACAAAGGGAGGUGUUUUGCACCAUGUAGUAUCCCAGUUGUCAGCAUUGCUUUCUUUUAACCCAGACCACCACGAUCUCUUUCAGGUGCUAAAUCUGCACAAAUCAGUGUUUUAUCAGCAGUGAGUCACUUCCAGGGAUGAGAAUUAUCAACACUGAGUUUUCAGUCCUCUUAGUUUUCCACAUUUUAGCUUCUUUUAGCUAAUUUUUUUUGCAUUUAUUGCAAACUUUAUUGUUCUGGUUUUGUUUGAAAAAAGCAUGCAGCUGUUUUCAUCCAAAAAAUAAAGCUUUCACUAAACUCUUUGUACUGCCUACCACAAAACAACAAACAGAUUUAUUAGCUAUGAGUGAACAUAGUAACAUUAUUUUAAAAAAAUGCAGCUAAGUAUAUCCCACAGGUUUGACUGAAAAUGAACACAAAGCUAAAACAACAGCGAGCAGUAAAUGUACAUUUAUCACCAGUUAUCAGAAUAGCCUUUCCAAAUAAAUGCUAAUGCUGCUAACACACUCGCUGUAACAACGUAAGUGAUAACAUUUUUCUUCUCUGAUUGGAGCUUGUUAAUCAUACAAGUAAUUUAGAAAAGCACUGACAAAGAAAAUAACAUGAAAAACCCCUUUUGGCAUUUUGACACGAGAGUUUGUUAUUUAUAUUUUACAUAAAUAGCAUUUUUUGUAUCGUCAGCUGCUACAGUGUACAACAGCUGACACCGUAAUUAAAAUGAAUACGCUAAUGUGACUGUAUUGUUCAGGAUUAAUUUGUGCUGUUCUCUAUUCUUUCCGCUACAAUAGUGGCUCGCAGUGAUAAUCAAAGGCAAUUUUGCAUUUCAUAAUAAUACAUAAUGCAGCUUCAUUGCCCUCUCCCUUUUAAUCCUAAUGCUGAAUUUCUUGGUUCCGUAGUCUCACCUUUUAUCUUCUCUCCUUUCCUUUGUGCCACACUUUCAUUUUCUCCUCGCCUCUCCUCUCAAUGUUUAACAUGUCUGCCUUCCUCUAACUUUUGUGUCCUUUUCAAAACCCACUUACCCACUUACUCAUGCCUUGUCUGCCAUGGGAAUGCAUGUGACUGAUGCUACAUACACACACCUCAUAUACAGUGCUGUAGGUGAUUUCCUGGUGGAGGAUAAGACCAAGGCCUUGCUGAAGUUUGAUGGUACUAUCACCUGGGUUCCUCCAGCCAUUUUCAAAUCCUCUUGCCCGAUGGACAUCACCUACUUCCCCUUUGACUAUCAGAACUGCUCCAUGAAGUUUGGCUCCUGGACUUAUGACAAAGCCAAGAUUGACCUGGUACUUAUUGGGUCCAAGGUGAACCUGAAAGACUUCUGGGAGAGUGGCGAGUGGGAAAUCAUUGACGCUCCAGGCUACAAACAUGAUAUCAAGUACAACUGCUGUGAGGAGAUCUACCCAGACAUCACCUACUCCUUCUACAUCCGACGCCUGCCACUCUUCUACACCAUCAACCUCAUCAUCCCCUGCCUCCUCAUCUCUUUCCUCACAGUGCUGGUUUUCUAUCUCCCGUCUGACUGUGGAGAGAAGGUCACGCUCUGUAUCUCCGUCCUGCUCUCCCUCACUGUGUUCCUGCUCGUUAUCACCGAGACCAUCCCCUCCACAUCGCUGGUCAUCCCGCUCAUUGGAGAGUACCUGCUCUUCACAAUGAUCUUCGUCACACUCAGCAUUGUCAUUACUGUGUUCGUGCUGAAUGUACACUACCGCACGCCAAUGACCCACACCAUGCCGUGUUGGGUGCGCUCGGUGUUUCUCAAAGUGCUGCCGAGGAUUAUGCUGAUGCGGAGACCGAUUGAUGAAGACAGCAGGGCUGGGGGGUUGGACGGCAGUGGGGAGGCAGGAGGAGGAGCUGGAGGGGGAGGAGGAGGCGGAGGAGGAAAAGGAGGGAAGAAGCGGAAGAAUAGCUUGAUGCAGCAGGUUGGAGGAGGAUCCCUCAACUGUCUGGAGUUUGGGGACAGUAAGUUCUCGUCGGUGGAGGGCUGCACUGGAAAGAAAUGCCCUUGUCCCUGCCAGCACGAAACCCCCGAAACACCAGACGCUGGGAAGAUGACGCGUCAGCUGAGUCCCCAGAGCAUCAACACAGUGGUGGCCUUUUCUGUGGUGUCACCUGAGAUCAAGCAGGCCAUCGAGAGCGUCAAGUACAUCGCUGAAAACAUGAGGAGUCGAAACAAGGCCAAAGAGGUGGAGGAUGACUGGAAGUAUGUUGCCAUGGUCAUUGAUAGAAUCUUCCUUUGGGUGUUUGUCACCGUGUGCGUCCUGGGAACCAUGGGCCUCUUCAUCCAGCCUCUCUUUGGCUUCGUCUCAUAACCACUAACCAAUCAGGGUUCUCUGUCACCCUGUACUGACCAAUCCUGAGCAAGUGACGAAUGAACUCUCAGUUCUCAAAAAUGAAAAGACAGGGUAUUGAGUCCUAAGGCACUAUUCGGUGUGCUGGUUUUGCUUCCUGCCCUCUGCAGAGAAAGAAGCAGAGAAGUUGAGAUUAAAAAGGCUGGUAAACCUUUAUGUCUUUUAAAGCUUCUUAUUUUAACCUAAAAUAUUACAUAAUGCCUACAAGAGGGGGUACUGCUCUUAUUCUGUGGAUAAUCACAUAAAGUAGUGGCAGCAUCUACUUAUGAACUGUUUUCUGUUUUGAAAAAAUAAAUACAUUUUUUCUACUCCACUGUUUACAGGAAUUAAAUAACAUCACUUUUACUCAGUGCUUCUGUGCAUUUAUUGCAAAUAUUUACAUUUAAAUCAAUGAAAUAAAUCUUAUUACAAUUGAAUGCAUUAAAUAUGUGAUUGAAAUGGAGCUCAGCCUCAGCAAGUAGCAUGAAUAUCAUUAGAGUCAGUGUUGAGUUGUGUUAUAGACUCCAGGGAUUAUCUAACAGAAUGCAGCUACUGCUUGCAAUACAAAGCCAGAAUGUAGAAACUGGAGUGCAGUUCAAUGGGUUUUAGCUCUGUUUUUGUAGUCGUUGCAAAUUUUACAUGCUGCUUUCAUGGAAAUGCUUUCUCAUGAUAAAGAUGUCAAAAAGUCA